GUCGCAGUAGUAGUAGAACAAGGCAAAAUAGAAUAAUAAAUUCAACCGGCAAAGAAAGUCGAAGCAAAAAUAAUUUAUUCAAUUUUAAACCAACUCAAAGCAAAUCUAAACAAAAACAGCUGCUAUGCUUCCAAGUAAUUUUCUCAGAACCAGCCGAUUAGCGGCCAAGAAUUUCAUGCGCACGCUUGCCUACAGAACUUCAAAUCCACAUCAUGGUUUAAAAGCAGCCAUAAUCCCAUCGGUGUCUGUUGCUGGCGUUCGAUUGGGUUUAGUUUUGUUGCCAUUUCAAAGUUUACCACUUGUGCAAGUGGUUCGGUGUGCUUCUGCUGACGCCAACGAUACCAACGUCAUGUCUGAAGAAGCCAAGAACGCAAAAUCAAUUUACGACUUCACUGUCAAGGACACUCAUGGCAAUGAAGUGUCAUUGGAAAAGUACAGAGGAAAUGUUGUGUUGGUUGUCAACAUUGCAUCACAAUGUGGUCUAACCAAGAACAAUUACCAAAAGCUCACAGAGUUGAAGGAAAAGUACGGAGAUAAGGGAUUAAAAAUCUUGAACUUCCCCUGCAAUCAAUUCAAUUCACAAAUGCCUGAAGGUGAUGGUGAAGCAAUGGUUUGCCAUUUGAGGGACGCCAAGGCUGAUAUUGGAGAUGUUUUCCAAAAGAUUGAUGUUAACGGCAAAGAGGCUCAUCCACUUUACCAGUACCUGAAGGACAAACAAAGUGGUACUCUGACCAGUGGCAUUAAAUGGAAUUUCACAAAAUUCCUGGUUAACAAAGAUGGUAUCCCCGUUGAUCGUUAUGCACCAACAACAGAUCCUAUGGAUAUUGCUAAAGAUAUUGAGAAGUUGUUGUAAGAUGUAAUGGCGAAAUUAAAAAAAUAUUUAUUUUUCUGCUGAUAACAAA